AUUGGCAAUCAAGUCCAGUGUAUAAAAUGCUCGGGUUAACCUGGCAACCCGAUGCUGACCAUUUCAUCUUCAACGUGAAGAUGUCAGAGUUGCCUUCCAAAACUACUAAACGCCACGUGCUCUCCAUGAUCGCACAGCUGUUUGACCCUCUAGGCUGGCUCGCCCCAGCGAUCGUGACUGCAAAAAUCUUUAUGCAAUCACUCUGGCAACUAGACUUAGGUUGGGAUGAACCCUUGCCAGACUGCAAGUCCAAUAAGUGGAAAAAUUUCUACUCCCAACUGAAUCUACUCGCACAAGUCAAGAUACCAAGGUAUAUCGGACUUUCACCAUCUAAUCGUCUUUGCGAACUCCAUGGGUUUUCCGAUGCUUCGGAGCAAGCAUACUCGGCUGUCCUCUACAUACGAGUGUCAAACAACAAUGACUUGUCAACAGUCAGAUUACUGGUUUCAAAAACCAAGGUUGCGCCAUUGAAAAUGAUAACCUUGCCCAAGUUGGAACUGAACGCAGCUCUUCUGCUGGCUAAACUUUCAUCGGUGGUGCAAACUACACUCAACUUACAGCAGGUACCUCUGCACUUGCACUCUGAUUCGACCAUAACACUCCAUUGGAUCAGAGGUCAUCCUACUCGAUGGAAAACAUUCGUGGCAAACCGAGUCUCUCAAAUUCAAAGACUCGUACCAGAUGGUCACUGGCACCACGUCUCAUCAGGGGACAAUCCAGCUGACAUCGCCACUCGCGAACUGGACAUUUCAGACUUCAUCCAACGGGAUAAUUGGUGGAACUGUUCGGCCUUAUGUCUCACUGACGUCACACCAUGGCCCACAUCCACCAUCAUUCCAUCUCCUGAUGCUGUCCUAGAAGAGAAAACCAUUGUUGUUCAUCAAACAAUACCUACCAUCAAGGAACCAUGGGAUCUUAUUCAAAGAUACUCUCAACUUCCCAAAUUAUCUUCGGUAACAGCAUGGAUUCUACGCUUUGUGACAAACGCUGCUGAGCGUAAGAGCAUCAAGUUAAGCUCACGUGGAGCUCACGACAUCGUGUCCCAUUCAAGGAAUGUGUCACCUCUAGAACUUGAAAACGCCAAACAAUUUUGGAUUCAUCAAGUUCAGAAACAAUACUUCCAACGAGAGAUUGAUCGACUUACCCACGAUCCUCUCUGCAAUAUCAAGGGACCUCUCGCACGUCUUACACCAUUCAUCGACGAUCAUGGACUUCUACGGGUCGGAGGUCGUCUGAAACACUCGCUUCUCGAUGCUGAUGAAAAACAACCAGUCAUUCUGCCACGAGAGUCGUUUUUCACCACAUUGAUUAUUCGUUAUUAUCAUGAAAAAACUCUUCACGGUGGCAUCCAACUAACUCUUUGUCAAAUCCGUCGCAAGUACUGGAUUUUAAGAGGACGCAGCGCAGUGAAAACUAUCAUCUUUAAAUGCCUUAAGUGUUGGAGACAGCGUAAAGCAACAGCUCAACAGCUGAUGGGAAACUUACCUAAAAAUCGCGUUACUCCAUCAAGAGCUUUUCUCAACACUGGAGUUGACUACGCUGGACCAAUCUGGUUAAAAACCACAAAAGGGCGUGGCCAUAAAGCAAACAAAGGCUACAUCUCAGUCUUCGUGUGUCUCGCCACACGAGCAAUCCACCUCGAAGUUGUAUCAGAUUAUACAUCCGACGCGUUCAUUGCAGCCUACAAAAGAUUUACGGCAAGGCGCGGAAUAUGUGCUACCCUACGUAGCGACUGCGGUACUACACUCGUGGGAGCCGACGCAGAGUUGAGAAAACUUUUCGAUUCAGCUCGACAAGAAUCGCGACACAUUGAGCAUCUUCUCGCUCAAGACGGAACCCAGUGGAUUUUUAACCCACCUGCCGCUCCACACUUUGGUGGGAUUUGGGAGGCAGGCGUGAAGUCUACCAAGCACCAUCUAAAGAGAACUAUCGGUGAGUCGACCCUCACCUUUGAAGAGAUGUCGACCUUGCUCGCACAAGUCGAAGCGUGUCUCAACUCACGGCCGCUUCAAGCCCUAACGGACGACCCUGACGACUUGUCAGUUCUAACCCCUGGACACUUCCUCAUCGGAGGUCCUCCAGCUACAAUUCCGGAGCCCUCUCUUGCUGACAUCUCAGUCAAUCGACUCUCCCGUUGGCAACUCAUACGUCAACAGUACGAGCAUUUCUGGCAGAGAUGGUCUCACGAAUAUCUUCAUGAAUUCCAAACUCGCUCAAAAUGGCAAACUCGUGAGCCACAAGUCAAAAUUGGAGACUUGGCAGUGCUAAAAAAUGAACUGCAACCACCUUCCAAGUGGGUUCUUGCCAGAAUCAUUGACGUUCAUCCCGGUCAAGACGGAGUUGUUCGAGUCGUAACGUACGCACAGCCACUUCGACUUUCAAGCGCCCAAUCGUCAAGCUCUGUCUGCUUCCAAGGACAGACGAAAAGGAUGACAUCGCCUGAAGUUACUUGUGCUUGCUAUUAACUCAGUGUAUUAGUGUGAAGUUACA